AUGGCAAAAACCUUCUACAGACUGCAACGCUUUUUAAAACAGGCCCAGCUGCUGUUUCUUUUCCUGGGUGUGGCUUACAUCAUGGCAGGAAGUGUGCUGCUGCUCCAGCGUUCCAAUGUGGCCUUGUUUCAAAAAGGAACCUAUCCACCCUCGUUAUCCUCCUCUGUACCAUUGCCCCCAAGAUCCCUGCAGGCACCGAGUGUUCGCUGGCACCACAGGAGACCUGGAGCCACGAUAAUUCAGGAUGUGGAGAAUAAUCCGGAUUUGUCAGGAAGUACAGCAGAUCGAGAACGAUUCAUGUCUCGGAACCUGAAGAUUAGACAUCUGAGACGACACUGGAUUCAGGGCCGGAGAACAGACCAAGAGAACUCGGCAGAACGCAGUCCAUCAAACAGGGAGACCAGGCAUAAAGGAAUCUACAUCGGAUGCUUCGUAAAUGACGACAAACAACAUGCACUUGGAGGAACCGUACUUUACGACUUCCGAAAAAUGACCAGCUCCUUGUGUCACGACACCUGCUCUGAAAGCGGCUACCGGUUUGCUGGAUUAGAAUAUGGUACAGAGUGUCACUGUGGAAACCGGAUUGGCGCCCCUCAGGCCCGGAGCGAGGACUGCAACCUGAGCUGCAGGGCCGAAAGGGACUCGCUGUGUGGAGGCGUGGCCAGGCUGUCAAUCUACAAAGUGGAGGAGGGACUUCCUGGCCACAGGAGAUACAGAAAUGUCCACUAUCAUGGCUGCUUCCACACCCAAAAGAACAUCAGCGCUGGUUUCCUGCUCCAUGCUGGCCAGCAUAAUGUGACCUCACAGCUGUGUGUGGAGAUGUGCACUGAUCAGGAGCUGCCUCUGGCUGUACUGAGGGGGCGGGACUGUCUCUGUGGCCACACCUCCACUUUUCUCCUUAUGCAGAAGAAUGUAGACAGCCAGCUGUGUGGGCAGGGCAAAGCGACAAACCACACCUCCAACGCAGACUACUUACAGGUGUACAGCACACCUGUGCUAGAGUCUCAGUGUAGAGAGAGGAUGUUUCUACCCGAGAGCUCAUCCUCCCUCACGGCGUUGUCCAGUUUUCCUGGAGCGGGUAACACUUGGUUGCGGCACCUCAUCGAGCUUGCGACAGGUUACUACACAGGCAGCUACUACUUUGAUGGCUCUUUGUACAACAAAGGCUUUAAAGGAGAGAAGGAUUAUUGGCAAAGCAGGAGAACCAUCUGUGUAAAGACGCAUGAGAGCGGGCAGAGGGAGAUCAAGAAGUUCGAUUCAGCCAUCCUGUUAAUUCGGAACCCGUACCACUGCCUCGUGGCAGAGUUUAAUCGCAAGAAUGCUGGGCACUUGGGCUAUGCCACAGAAAUGCAUUGGAAGAGUAACGAGUGGCCCGAGUUUGUGGAGACCUACUCCUCAUGGUGGGCGUCUCACGCGCUGGCUUGGCUGCAGUUCUCCAGACAUUUACUGGUGGUGCAUUACGAGCAGCUCCUCACAGACCUCGUCCACCAGCUCCGGCUUAUGACGGCCUUCCUGAACGUCACUGUUCCUGAAGAACGACUCUUGUGUGCCGAGAGAAACCGAGACGGCCACUUCAAACGCACAGGACCUCGACGUUUCACUUUCGACCCCUUCACAGAGGGCAUGAGGACUCGUAUAGACGGCUACAUGCUGGAAGUGGACCGUGCUCUCCGGGACAGAAAUCUGAGUGGGCUGCCACAGGAAUACAUGCCCAGAUGA